AUGCAAUAGUAGAAUCCAUAAACAAAAAUGGUGUGGUUUUUUUGGAAUUUACAAAAGUGGCGUAAAACUUCACUUGUAGAGGCGAUUUCUGGCAUGCAUAGAGAAUUGUGCCAAAAGAAGUCAGGUAUUUUGUUUUUUUGUUUGGUAGUGAUUAACAGGUGAGAUUGAGAGGAAAAAAAUGAACGACCGAGAUGGCUGCAUAGUAAAAAUCACGGACUGCUAUCGCACUUUGCAGAGGCGAUUUCUGCAAAAACAAAAACCACCUCUUCAAGAGGCGAUUUCUGCCAAAGGCUGCUGCAAAGCAGCCUCACUUUAUUUCGGCCACCAAUAAUCGAGAGGAGGGGUUGUGGGUGGGGCCAAUCUUGCAUUUAAAUUGGCACGUGAAUGGAGGGGGUAGUUUGCUUUUACUCCCUUCUCUUCUUCUUCAUUCUUCGCAAAUUUUCAACAUAGAAUUUUCAACCCAGGUAUUCCGUGAACUCUUUUUUUUUCUUUAGCAAAUUUUUUAACUUUUUUUUUUAAAUAAUGUUGUUUAAUGUUUUUAAAACACGGGGUUGUUAUUAUAAUGUUAUAUUAACUUAAUCUGUUUAUUUAUAUAUUUUCAGUUUUGUAACAGAAAAUUAUAAAAUACAGGUAUGUUUAGUUAGUUUUAUAAUUUUUCGUUUUUUAAUUUGUUUUUAAAAUAUUGUACUAAUUUUAAUUUCUUUUGCAGAAGGUGAAAGUAAAAAUACGAAGGUAUGUUCUAAUAUGUUUAGUAUAUGUAAUUUUUUCAUUUCAAUUUGUAAAAAAUUGAAUGUACUUUUUUUCGUGUUUUAUUUGUUGAGUUAUUUCAUAGUGUGUGGGUUGAAGAAACGGACCAAUUUAAUGAUGUUGUUUGCUUAAUUUUAAGUUAUACUUAAAAUUUAAUUAGAUAUAUAUAGAAAUUUAAUUCGUGAGUUGAUUUAUAUAUAUAUUUGUAGAUAAUUUUAGGUAAUUUUACAUUCUAGUUCCAUUUUUAUAAAAUUAGUUAGUUUUCAACUUGUUUUUUGGUUGGAGCAUAAUUCCUAAAAUAACAUAUAGUUGAGUAGUGUGUGUUUUCAAAUUUUUUUGUGUGAAUUUUUUUUCAACUUGUACUAUUUUUUUUUGUUAGAUUGCAAUUGAACGAGAGGAUCGAGUUGUAUCCGAAGAACAAAUGGAUUGUUUAACAUCUAAUCAUAUACUAAUUUCAGGUGAAUUUAAUGGCACCUAAUAAGAGCCGAGUCAAAGUAAUCGUGUAUAUUGGGGGUAAUAUAAUUCAAGAUGAUUGGUCGGUGGAAUACGAUUGUCCUCACAAAGCAAUUUUUCGAAUUAGAAGGGAUACUUCUUUCCAACUACUAUUAUCGAACUUGUACGAACGAUUCGAAAUAGACAAUACUAGGUUCACUCUAAAAGUUCGGGGAAAACUUUUUCGCUUAUAUGGGGAUAGGGUUAAAUCAAUGCUGUGUGAAAUUAGUACGGAUCAAGAUUUGGAAAUGUUUCUUGAUCCGGAAGAAGGGAAUGAUUCAAUGGACAUUUUUGUUCAAACCAUCCCAUUAUACAAUAAUGCACCGCCUCCACAAUUAACUUUCGAUCUGAAUGAGCCCUACAACAUAGUCUCACAAUUGAGUCCGAAAGUGGUUGCUGUCACACAAGGAUUUUCUAGCAUGCAAUUUACGAAUUUUGGUGCUGGAACAUCUGCACCUCCGACAAAUUUUGGUGGUGGAAAUCGUGGGGAGACGAGCACAAGGAGAGAAGUCCGGCACCCCAAUACAAAUGAGCCAACAGAAGAUUUUACAGACAUACCGGGAGAUUUCUUUGGGGUCGAUCCUCCUGUUGACUCGGAACCAUCCGAUCAAAAAGAUUACGACAACAUCGACGGGGACCAUGACCAUGAUGAUGGUGAGAAUGUUGCCAAUGUUCCUCAUAAUAUGCCAUCAGUGGCACCAACCCAAAACCAACCUCACUUGUACGAGCCAAUACCUUUCUACUCAAUGGAUUAUGAAGAAAUGAUGGCGGACUCAUUUGAUAUUCCAGACGGGCAAUUGUCAAAGUUUUACGAUGCCGAUGAAGGUGUUAUUGAAAAAGGGAUGAUUUUCAAGAGUAAAAACAGGCGUCCGCCUAGAUGUGGGACCGGUGGACAUCUCGGACGUCAUUGAUGCUCUUGUUUUUAGUAGUUGACAUUGUGUAUUUGAUAUCUAUGUAUUCUUACAUUUAUCUAAUUUUUAUUUAAUUAUGUAUGACGUUAAAUUUUAAAUUCUUAAUUUAGAAAA